AUGAAGGCAGUGAUGGUUUUAAGAGUUAGUGCAAUAUUGGUUGCUGUACUGGUUCAUUUUUUGGCAAAGGUCCAACCUAGAAUGAAGAAAAGGGGGGCAAGGAAAGUUUUAUCCACCAUAAGAAGUUUAUCUAGCUCAGGCAUCAAGAAGAAAGUCCUUGAGAGCCCACAUUUUGCUUGUCAUAAAAUGGUACAAAAAGGGAAAUCGCAGAAAUACACUAGACCCCCACCCAACUGCAGCGCUGGGCCUAAGGGAGACAAUCUGUAUGAAUGGGUGUCGACUAUCCUGGGUCCACCUGGGUCCGUGAAUGGAGAAAUCAGGAGUGGUCACGUUUCGUACACGAAUUUAUCACUGCAACAUCACUCCCAAGGAGUGAUAUGUUUAGAUAUUCUUAAGGAUAACUGGUCUCCAGCCCUCACUAUCUCCAAGGGUUUUGCUGUCCAUCUGCUCUCUCUUACAGAUUGCAAUCCAGGGUUUGGCAGAAAAGAAGUAUGUAUGUACCGGGGUUGUGAGAACAAGGCUGUUUGUACAAAGGAAACUAAUUUGUCCAUUUGGACAUCACUGGGCACAGAUAAAUGA